AUGGAAAGUUCCGCUGAUGGGUGUGUUGUACCGAUGUCAUUCCUAAUAUCGGGUUGAGGGUUUUUCCAAGUCAAUCUCCUUUCUUCCGCUGUCGAGGUUGAUCACGUUAUCAUAGGUGACGAAGUACUUAGCCGUUGUUUAACUUGAGGGUAUUGAUAGAGAUCAAUAUUCCUGUCACCGAUCGUUAAAUUUUGGGCUUCAAUUUCUAUCCAUUGUUCCACCAUGGGUUCUGUAGAAGCAGACUUCUCUUCGUCCGUCAUAUGGAAGGAUUCGCCAAAGUACGAAGAAGCUCGAGUGGGGAGGGUAUUCAAUCAUAGACGACCUGAUCGAUAUCCUCGGGCCGUAGUCGAGGCAACUUCAGUGAAAGAUAUCGUGAAUGCAGUGUUGCUAGCCAGAGAGCUGAAUGUACGAGUGUCGGUUCGUUCAGGUGGCCACAGCUGGGCUGCUUGGUCUGUUCGAGAGGAUGCUGUUCUUGUCGAUCUAGGAAAGUUCAGGAGACUUGAGUACAAUGAAGAAACGUCCACAGUGACAGUCUCUCCAAGUACGACUGGUCGUAUUCUCAAUGGCUUUCUGACCACGAAGGGGAAGCUUUUUGCAGGGGGUCAUUGUCCAGAUGUCGGACUAGGAGGGUUUUUGUUGCAAGGGGGCAUGGGCUGGAAUUGUAAAAACUGGGGUUGGGCGUGUGAGAAAAUUAAAGCAAUAGAAGUAGUCACAGCAGAAGGGAAAGUCUUGACUUGUAACAAAGAUGAAAACACAUGUUUGUAUUGGGCCGCUCGAGGUGCUGGACCUGGGUUUCCGGGAAUCAUUACGGCAUUUCAUCUGGAAGUCAGAGACGCUUACUCAUGCAUGAUGUCUUCUACCUUUCAGUGGCCAAUUUCAAAGUAUCAGGAGGUCAUGGAUUGGGUCGUAAAGAUUGCCCCUCAGUGCGAUGAAUCCGUGGAGGUCGUCUCCGUUGGACUUCGCCCAGAUCCAACCAAAGACCCAAUAAUCCUCGCCGGCUUCCUCUCUUUUCAAAAUUCAGAAGAAGCAGCCAAAAAAUCGUUGUCGGUUGUCAACGAAACACGCCCUGCCGGGACAAUCAUGGAAGCAAUGUGUUUGCCAACCACGCUUGAGAAAGAAUACUGUGCGCAAGACCUCGCUAACCCCCAUGGACACCGAUAUACCUCUGAAAAUGCAUACAUCGAGAACGAUGCAAACGUUUCAGAGGUUCUUCGGGAAGCAUUCACCACCCUACCAGAAGGCACCAAAACUUUUGCGUUGUACUUCGCCAUGAACCCUUGCUCGAGAAGAGAACCUAGUGGCAUGGCAUUGUCUAUGCAAUCAGAUCACUACUUUGCGCUUUACACCGUCUGGGAGGACGCAAAAGACGACGAAAGAUGCCAAACUUGGGUGAAGGAUGUAAUGGCUGGGGUCGAGAAGCACAGUGUUGGAGCUUACCUUGGAGAUUCUGACUUUCAGGUCAGGAGGACAAAGUUCUGGGGAGAUUCUCAGGCGAGAAGGUUGAUGCACGUUCGUCGUGAUUAUGAUCCUGAGGGAAUUAUUUGUGGCUAUCUGGACCAAGGUGACAAAAGCGGGGUUGCAGGCCUAGACAAUGUUUUCGAGUGGCAGCAGAGACCAGAAUGGGAUCUCACAUCGACUUUGUAG